AUGGCUAUUGCCUUUGCCUUGUUGGUCUCAUGUUCACAAGGGCUCAACACAAGCCUCGAUCAAUCUUCUUCUCUAGUCCCAUCAUCCACCAUACUCAAUUACCACGGCGGUCCACUCCUUACUGGACCCGGAACCAUCAACAUCUAUCUCAUCUGGUAUGGAACCUUUUAUCUGAAAGAUCGAACCCCGAUCACUGACUUCUUUGCUUCCUUCAAUGGAUUCAAUCCACAGCCCAAGGAGUCCACGGUUGCAUCGUGGUGGAAUACUGUUUUGUCGUACAAGGACAAGGUCGGGAAACCAGUUUCCGGCCCUUUCACACUCACGAAACAGCUAGGAAACAUUCAAUACUCACUUGGUAAAAACAUCAAACGUGCUCAAAUAGCCAACUAUAUUAAAAGCAAGAUUGAUAGCAAAUUAUUACCUUUGGAUCCUCAUGGGGUGUACUUGGUUCUGACCUUUAAAGAUGUCAGUGUGGAGCAGUUUUGCAUAAGUUCGUGCGGCUUUCAUGGAAGCGUUGUAACAACAGCAACGAAGAGAAGAGUAGUCUAUGCACACGUCGGAGACCCUUUCAGGCAGUGCCCCGGCCUGUGUUCAAGGCCAUCUGCUCUUCCGGCUUAUGGUCCACCUGGUCAGGCAGCUCUGGUGGCUCCCAAUGGGGUUGGUACAGAUGGCAUCAUUAUGAGCCUCACAACAAUUCUUGCUGGAGCUGCGACAAACCCUUUCAACUCCGGGUACUUUCAAGGGGAUGGCAAGCUAUAA